AUGAAAUUAUCUAUUGAUAUGUUGGUUGCAACAAAUAAAGAUCUUGAAGAAUUAUAUCUAGUUAAAGAAGAAUGGGAUAUUAUUCAGGAAACAAUUAUUUUACUCGAACCUAUGUACAUGGUUACAAUUUUACUUUCUGGUUGUACAUAUAUUACUAUGUCAGAUAUUCAACUUGCAUUCUUGGGAAUUUUUGAUCAUCUUAACACAAUUAUACGUGAUAGUGAAACUCAAUACCUUAUUGCAGAUUCUAUUCGUGUUAAAUUAAAAAAAUAUUGGAAUAUUUUAGAUACAUCUUCUAUUAUUUCAACUAUACUUGAUCUGCGAUCUAAACUUUUAACUUUCGAAGUAGAAACAGAAACUACUCAAGCUAUUUCUAAUAUGCGUCAAAUGAUGAAUUUAUAUACACAAAAAAUAACAGAAACAACUACAAAUUUAACUAGAUCUACAUCAAAUAUUACUACAACUCAUAUAACAACUACAUCAGUUCGUGCUUUUUUAACAUCUCAAAGGUCGAUUUCACCCUCGUAUAACUUACAACUCGCAAGUUCUUUCUUCGAAAUGACUUUGUCGCGUAAAAUCUCGGUAUUUUUCCUUCUCGUAUUUUUGCUCUCUUUACUGACCGCCACCUCUGCCUUGAAACACAAAGAGAAAUGUAAACACCUCAAGGUAACCUAUCCUGGCCCGGGAGAAAUAUAUACGUUCGGAGAAACGCAUCAUCUUAGACUUCACAAUCAUCAUAAAUCGCAUGUUAGCGAGAUUCAUGGCGUCAAUAUAUUUCGUUUGGAAGGAGCUAAAAAGAUAUUUGUGAAAGUUGUGUUUAAAGGGAGAAAAGUUUUGCCUCCCGGCGGUAGAGCCUCCUUCAAGGCUAUAUUAAAAUUCCCAAAAAGUGUUAAGCUACCUGGCACUUUCCUUUAUAGAAUUAAUGCACGGACCAAAGGCGGGAAGGCUUGUAUCAAGGAUUCUCCUACGUUUACCGUCAAGCCGAGAUGA